AUGGAUCAGACGCAGGCAUCGACACCCAAGAAGGCCCUGAAGCAGGCCUGCGAUAACUGUCGCCGGCGCAAGAUCAAGUGCAAUCGAGCCUACCCAUGUGACAAAUGCCAAAGAUUGCUCCUCUCUUGUUCAUACAGUGAUGUCCUGCAGCGCAAGGGUCCCAAGUUCCGCACACUUUAUCCUCUCGCGCCGCUCCAUCCGCUCUCUGCCCAGUAUCAGGCUCCUCCGAGUGGCAACCAUGCAUGUCAGGGUAACAGGCCUCAGUUCCCUGAUGGUUGUCAGACGAGCUUCUCAUGGAAUCCAACAUAUGACUCGUACUCCUCACCUGACUCGAUAGACUCACACUCCCAAUGUGAAUUGGCAAGCUACAGAGUCUUCCCAAAGGCAAGGAGGUUGUCCUCGCUCGUGCUGCUGGCACAUGUGAACAUUUAUCUGAAGUACCUGUAUCCCAUCAUGCCAGUCAUACGACCCGAACAAGUCCUCAACGACAGCCGUGAACCGGAGAAGCUGACCCCGAAGCGGUAUGCUUUCAUGGCAGCCCUGUGUGCAGCGACGCAUGUGCAACUCAAAUUAGAUGGCGCAGAUGCAAUGACGGACACCUCCUCGGGACAUGCGUUGUCUGACGGACGCUCCGCGAUGUCUGGGGAGGAAUUAUUGGCAGAAGCCGUUAGCGCCAGAAAGGAGUGUGAUAUAACGGAGAACGUUGACAUAGAGACCUUGUUGACGUCGUUUUUCCUAUUCGCUGCCUAUGGCAAUCUAGACAAACAAGAUCAGGCAUGGUUCUAUCUCAGCCAGAGCACCGCCAUGGCCCACACACUAGGUCUCCAUCGAGAAUCGACGUAUUCGAAUUUUGACCCCACGGAAGCAGAAGAAAGAAGAAGAGUAUUUUGGCUGUUGUUUGUCACCGAGAGAGCGUAUGCGCUCCAACAAGCCAAGCCGGUCAUGCUGCGGAGUUCCAUACACAAGCCCAAGGUUCUUUACUCGGAAGAUCCAAUCUUGGAAUACGGAUUCCUUAAUCUCAUCAACAUCUUUGAAAAGCUCACCCCCGAUCUGUACGAUUGGGUUUCUGUCGGGUGUGAUGACUCGAUUUCCAAAGUCCCUGCCACGGGAUCAAUACGGAACCAAGUAUCCAAGCCAAUUUCACUGGAAGGGGUGCUGGAGAUACAGCAAGUCGAUAUCCUUGUCACGCAGCAAUGGCUUCAGGCGAUGAUGUGGAAACUUUCUAUGAGUGGCUCGCCGCAUCCGACAAAUACUGACACUCUCCUGCCCUUCCAUUUGCCCGUCUUGGUAGGAAAAGCGGUCAUGGAUGUUAUCGGCUCUGUAUCUCAGAGUGCCAUCGAUGCCCAUGGGAUUGGAAUGGAACAAAAGCUUUACGACAUGGGUACCUCGAUCGUUGAUGUGACGCGCUCUCUGCGGUCUGCAGCCACACAACGCUUGGCGGCAUCGGUGGCUGAUCCCAAGGAUCUUCUCUGGGGUAUUCUCAAUAUCCUGUCGAAAAUCCGUGGGUCACAAUCUUAUCUCUUCCCGGCUUUGCUGCAAAAGUCGAGCAGCGUAUUUGGGCUUGAGUCACCUGCCACCCUAACGAAUUCGUUGAGUUUUGCGGAAGAUUAUCCGCCCUCCUGGGACGUCAAAGAAGCGGGUUCUAUAGAGGCCGUCACUGCCGGCGGAGAACUCGAUCAAGAUCAGGAUGAUCGCGAGAAUGGCAACAGGUUACGAACUGACGCUCCUCCACUGGACAUUAGUGUAAACAUUAUGGGUGACGAUGAUGAUGGUAUAGAUAAUAUGAUUUUGAUAUAA